GUGUUUUCCGUUUACUCUAGCUGAAUUGAUGCAGAAGUCUCCUCCAUCUCUCAUCUCCUUGGCUGGAGGGGCACCAAACCCUAACGUUUUCCCAUUUAAGAGGGCUACUGUUGCCAUUGGACAUGGAACUGCUGUUGAGAUUGGGGAAGAUUUGAUGAAGAGAGCUCUCCAGUACUCGGCCUCAGCAGGGAUUCCAGAGCUGUUGUCUUGGCUAAAGGAAUUUCAGCGGAAUCUACAUAACCCCCCCACAGCCAACUACAGUCCUGAGCAAGGACAAAUGGAAGUGUGUGUCACAACUGGCAGCCAGGAAGGCUUGUGUAAAGUGUUUGAAAUGCUCAUUAAUCCUGGGGACAACAUCCUUUUGGAUGCACCUACGUACUCUGGGACACUAGCAGCUCUGAGACCUUUGGGUUGUAACAUAAUUAAUGUUCCUAGUGAUCAACAUGGCAUUAUUCCAAAAGCUUUAAAAGAAAUUCUAUCUACUUGGAGCUCGGAAGAUGUGAAGAAUCGUAGCCACCACCUCCCCAAAUUCCUGUACACUAUUCCAAAUGGCUGCAACCCAACUGGAAACUCUCUGACCACAGAGCGCAAGAAGGAGAUUUACCAG